GCUCCUGAAGCCCCGCCCCGCAGCGCAGCCAAUGGGAGCCGAGAGUCGGGCCGGGGGCGGGGCGCGGCGGUGCGGACUCAGGCGCGGGCGCGGGGUCGACAGAGCGCACGACCAUGGCCUCCAAGUGUCCGAAGUGCGACAAGACGGUGUACUUUGCCGAGAAGGUGAGCUCCCUGGGCAAGGACUGGCACAAGUUCUGCCUCAAGUGUGAGCGCUGUAACAAGACUCUGACACCUGGCGGCCACGCAGAGCACGACGGGAAGCCCUUCUGCCACAAGCCCUGCUAUGCCACGCUCUUUGGACCCAAAGGGGUGAACAUCGGAGGUGCUGGCUCUUACAUCUAUGACAAGCCCCCUGCCGAGAGCCCCCAGGUCACUGGCCCCAUUGAAGUUCCCGUGGCUUGGGCUGAGGAGCGCAAGGCCAGUGGCCCACCCAAGGGCCCCAGCAGAGCUUCCAGUGUCACCACAUUCACUGGGGAGCCCAACGUGUGUCCUCGCUGCAACAAGAGGGUGUACUUUGCUGAGAAGGUGACGUCCCUGGGCAAGGACUGGCACCGGCCCUGUCUGCGCUGUGAGCGCUGUGGGAAGACCCUGACUCCAGGGGGCCAUGCUGAGCAUGACAGCCAGCCCUACUGCCACAAGCCGUGCUAUGGAAUACUCUUUGGACCCAAGGGAGUGAACACGGGAGGCGUGGGCAGCUACAUCUACGACAAGGACCCUGAGGAUAAAGUACAGCCCUAGGCCACCGGCCACUGCCCCAUCCUGGGGACAGUGAUCCUGCCCAGCCUGGCCUGGCCCAGCACCUCUGGGAGUGUGUCAACCACACAGGCCAUGUCCCCGCUGUCCCUCACUCCUGCUGGACUCCCAGCCCACACUCCCUGUGUGCCCACUAACCUGUGUGACCAUGGCCCUGCAGGCCCUUGCUACUCCCAUGCCUGACCUGCCACAUUAUUUAUGCCACAGACUUUGGGGGCUGGGGAGAGAGCCCCCAGACUGCCACACUGCCGCCAGUGUCCCCACAGCUACCCACUGCCCAGUUCACUUAAUAAAGGUGUGAGGAAUCUG